UCCUUCGCUAAAUUUCUAAACUAUUCCAUGGCUCCUAAGGCAGAAAAGAAGCCCGCCGAGAAGAAUCCGGCUUCGGAAAAGCCUUCCGACGACAAAGCUCCGGCGGAGAAGAAGCCAAAAGCCGGGAAGAAGCUUCCGACGAAGGAUGUUGGUGUUGGUAUCGGAGAAAAGAAGAAGAAGAAGGUUAAGAAGAGUUCCGAGACGUAUAAGAUCUAUAUAUUCAAAGUGCUGAAACAAGUGCAUCCUGAUAUUGGAAUUUCAAGCAAAGCGAUGGGGAUAAUGAACAGUUUUAUUAAUGAUAUAUUUGAGAAAUUGGCUCAGGAAUCAUCUAAACUUGCGAGGUACAAUAAGAAACCUACCAUUACGUCUAGGGAAAUUCAAACUGCUGUUAGAUUGGUAUUGCCUGGUGAAUUGGCUAAGCAUGCUGUUUCUGAAGGGACUAAAGCUGUUACCAAGUUUACAAGCUCUUAAAAAUUUGUUAUUUUUGAGAAUUUGGUUAUUAGGGUUUGGUUGUCAUUCAAUUGAUUAGAGUCGAUAAAAAGAUUUGUUUGUUUAAAAUUUUUUAUUUCUUAUAUUCUAGUUUUGAUGGGAUGAUGUAAAAUACAAUGCUGUUCCUAAUCAAUGAAAUCUACCUUUAUUA